AUGCCAGAACAGCUUUUAGGUGUUACUCCAAUGAGCGACGAAGGACCGGUCGACUUAGAUAUUGGAAGAAUUGUGGGUAAACGAUGGCAAAUCUUGGAGAAACUCGGUGAAGGUGGUUGCGGUGCAGUGUUUAAAGUUCAAGAUAUACAAACAUAUGCUAAAGCAGCACUUAAAGCAGAAUCGAAUUUUGUUGCUGGUGGAAGUGUUCUGAAAUUAGAAGUACAGAUAUUACGACGACUAGAAGGACGGCCGUAUAUUGCACAAUUGCUUCAAGCUGCAAAGAAGUCGACUUAUUCAUAUAUGGUGAUGACAUUAUUUGGUCAUUCACUGAACUGUCUUCUGCGGAAGUGUGGACAAUGUAGUACAUCAACACAGGUCAGAGUUGGUAUCAAUAUGUUGUACGGUAUAAAACAAUUACAUGAGGUUGGAUUCAUACAUCGUGACGUGAAACCGGCUAAUUUAGCUGUUGGAAGACGAGGAAAAGAAGCACGAAUAAUUCACAUUCUAGAUUUUGGCUUAUCUCGAGAAUAUAUCAUAAGCGUUGGUGGAGUGGUGAAACUCCGAGAACCAAGACCCAGAGUUCUUUUUCGGUUGGAUUUCUCUUGA